UCGGGCCCCGCCAUGACGGGCUGACCGCCACCAUCGACAGCGCCAUGCCGAGCGGCAGCUCCGCCGCCUUAGUGGUGGCGCCGCCGCCCUCGGACCCCGACGGGCUGCGCGACCGCCUGUCCGCGCUGGGCCUCGACGACCCGCCCCGGGGCGGCGGCGACGACGACGACGACGAAGGGGACGAGGACGUGGAGGAGGAGGAGGAGGAUGGCGGCGGCGGCGGCCGGCUGCUGCUGCUGUCCUCGCCGCCGCCGCCCCCCGGUUCGCAGCCGCCCCCCGGUUCGGCGCUGCUGCCGGGCGCGGGGCCGUACGGCGGCGGCGGAGGGGACCCCCCCCGCGCCGUCAUGGCGGCCAUGCUGUCCCACGCCUACGGGGCGGCGGCGGCGGCGGCGGCGCUGAACGGGGAGCAGGCGGCGCUGCUGCUGAGGAGGAAGAGCGUCAACACCACCGAGUGCGUGCCCGUGCCCAGCUCCGAGCACGUCGCCGAGAUCGUCGGGCGCCAGGGUUGUAAGAUUAAAGCACUAAGGGCCAAGACUAAUACUUACAUCAAAACACCGGUGCGCGGUGAAGAACCCAUUUUUGUUGUCACCGGACGGAAAGAAGACGUGGCCAUGGCCAAGAGGGAAAUACUGUCAGCCGCCGAGCACUUUUCCAUGAUCCGAGCAUCUCGCAACAAAAACGGUCCCGCCCUGGGCGGGCUGCCUUGCACUCCCAACCUGCCAGGUCAGACCACGGUCCAAGUCCGGGUGCCCUAUCGAGUCGUCGGACUGGUGGUCGGCCCCAAAGGAGCCACCAUCAAAAGGAUUCAGCAGCAGACCCAUACGUACAUAGUCACCCCGAGCCGAGACAAGGAGCCCGUCUUCGAGGUGACGGGGAUGCCCGAAAACGUGGAUCGAGCCCGGGAAGAGAUCGAGAUGCACAUCGCCAUGCGCACCGGCAACUACAUCGAGCUGAACGAAGAAAACGAUUUCCAUUACAACGGUACCGACGUGAGUUUUGAAGGGGGGACUCUGGGCUCGGCGUGGCUCUCUUCCAAUCCCGUCCCUCCCAGUCGCACCCGAAUGAUAUCCAAUUACAGAAACGAUAGCUCCAGCUCUCUAGGAAGCGGCUCCACAGAUUCCUACUUCGGCAGCAAUAGGUUGGCUGACUUCAGCCCAACUAGUCCAUUCAGCACAGGGAACUUUUGGUUUGGAGAAACCCUGCCGUCUGUGGGCUCCGAAGACCUCGCGGUUGACUCUCCCGCCUUUGACUCCUUAGCCGCAGCUUCCCAAACCAUAUGGACCCCGUUCGAACCCGUGAACCCGCUCUCCGGCUUCGGGAGCGACCCUUCCGGAAACCUGAAGACCCAGCGUAGAGGAAGUCAGCCAUCCACCCCUCGCCUGUCUCCUACAUUUCCCGAAAGCCUGGAACAUCCGCUCGCUCGGAGGGUGAGAAGCGACCCACCCAGUACGGGGCACCACGUUGGCCUUCCCAUCUACAUCCCUGCUUUUUCUAAUGGUACCAACAGUUACUCCUCUUCCAACGGCGGCUCCACGUCGAGCUCGCCCCCCGAAUCGAGACGGAAGCACGACUGCGUGAUAUGCUUUGAGAACGAAGUGAUUGCUGCCCUAGUUCCGUGUGGUCACAACCUCUUCUGCAUGGAAUGUGCCAACAAGAUCUGUGAAAAGAGAACGCCAUCUUGUCCAGUUUGCCAGACAGCUGUUACUCAGGCAAUCCAAAUUCACUCUUAAUUAUAUAUAUAUAUAU